AUGGACGACCAAACGAGGGCUGAUUACGAGUCGCAGUCCCAGAAGCUUCGUGCUGAGCUGAAGAGCUGGGAAACCUCCUGGGCAAAGUCCCAUGACGGAAAGAAGCCCGGCAGAGACGACAUCAAGCGCAACGCCGACAUAGCGACGACGCCUUCCAAGAAACAAAAACAUGCCGAGACGCCUUCGAAGAGAAGAUGGAACCCUGACGAUGCUGGCCUCGUCAGUACACCCUCGAUAUCCAGAACGCUAUUCAGCCCCGCAGCACCGAGAUCGAUUGGCCCUACGCCGCAGCGCGACGGCCGCGUGCUUGGGCUUUUUGACCUGAUGGUAGAGCGCGAACUCGGCACACCGUCAAGAAAGAAUCGGGACCUGAAUACUUCCGCCGAUGCAAGAACGAUGACGACACCGCGGAAGCGCGCAACGCCCACAGACGAAGAGGAUAAUGCGAGACUCGGGCGGACGCCCAUGUCGACAAGCAAACGACAGAUGCUGGAUAGCUUCAUGACGCCAUUGAAGAACAAGGAUUCCGAGGCACUUGAUGCCAAAACACCUACGACUGUAUCGAAACUUCAGUUCAGCACUCCGUCCUUCCUUAAAAGACACACUCAACCGCCGCCUACCAAGGACGACGACUUUGUAGCCCCGCCCUUACGUUUGCCCCGGAAGCCAAUGGUUCGGGGUCUCAGCGCCAUUGUUGCGAGUCUCAGAAAAGUGGAGGAGGAACACCUGGACAACGAUGACGACCUCGAUGCUCUCCGUGAAGCGGAAGGCGAAGUCGUUCGGCCAAAAGCGCCUCCAAAGCCGAGGGAUGAGAUGCUGGCUGCCGACAGCCAGGUGCACCUGCCUUUGGGUGGCUUCGACGACGAAGGCCUGUACGACAGUCCUGAUGAAGAGCAGAAAGGACGGGAUGGAAUGCCACUGAGAGUGUACAAGAAGAAGGGUCAGAAGCGAACGACAAGAAGAGUCAACAUGAGGCCUAUUCACAGCAAACGGCCAUCCGGUCCAGUCGAGGAUGGACAAGAAGAAGAAGGCGACGAAGAGGCCGUGCCGGAAACACAAGCCAACGGUGCAGCAGAUGAUAUGCAAGAUGAGCUUGCAGAUGUGGGAUCCGGCUCGGACGCGGAAUUCGACGAGUCGGCUUCGAAGACUAAAGCCACAAAGACGAAGGCUGCAAAGAAGACGGAGAAGGUGGGGACAGUCAAGAAGGCUGUGAGAAAGGUAAACGAGAUGGCGCACACGAAUUUCCGGCGGUUGAAGUUGAAGAACCACGGCGCGAAGGGCGGGCCGGGAUACAACAGCAAGUUCCGACGACGACGCUAG